AUUUGGGCUCGAGCACUUGCUCGCAUCCCGAGUUACCGCCGCUCUGCACGUGCAGGGCCCCCCCGCUUCGCCCCGUGGAUGGUCGUGGCUGCGAGGCUCGAUUGGAUUCUCGCGCAGCUACGGGCUGGGCGAAAGGCUCGUUUCCAAUUGGCCUCACAUACUGACCGUUUGCUGCUCCAGAUCGUCCUCCUCCCCGAGGUAGACGACAAGACGCAGAACGCCAUUCUGAUCGACCUCAUCUACUCGGUGAUUGGCUCGCUCCCUUGGACCGUCUCGGUGGACCACGGCCACAAGAACAGCCGAGGAGAGGCCCACAUCUCUCUUCAACUUCGGGCUGUCGCUGGACCCGCUGAUGCCCCUGUGGGGCCCGACGGACAUGAUGGAGGAGACGAGGAUGAUGGACCAGAUGAUCACCCUGGAGGCCGUGCUCGUCGCCGAUUGCGUGACCCUUGGCAUGGCACGGGUCUGGACCCGUGUUCUUCUGCUGUUGCUGGGCCUGCUGGUGGAGGUAAUGAUCAUAGGUCUUGGGGCGAUGCCAAGCGUCCUCGGCGUCAUGCUGACCAUGGCCAUACUCCUGCUGAUCUACCUGCGAUUCCUGUCUUCCCUUUUCAACUCUGAUGCGAAGGUCUUCGUGCCGAUCGGCGAGGACCAUUCUCUCGCCCCUGGUCGUGCACCUGAUGAUGACACUGGGAAGGUGGAGGAGCUCUUACUCGAGGACGACGGGAUGACCAUUGAGGAGUUGCUGCUACUUGCGGGUCCUGAUGGUGCCGACCUACCCUGUGCUGGGCUACCUAGUUCUGAUCUUCUUCUCGCCCCUGGUCGUGCACCAGAUUGCUCUCCUGGAAAAGUUGAGGAAGUUUUACCUAGCGAAAUCAAGGAUAUGUUCCUGGCGAUACAGGCACAUCGACGUGAUGACGAAGUCUCUCCCUGCGCCUGCCCCUGACGCUGCACAUCGUCAGGAUGGUGUGCCCCCUGCUCCAGAGGGGCCUCCAGCACCCCUUCCUGCUGAAGGAUCUGCUGGUGCUCCAGGUCUUGCUCCAGUUCCUGCUGCUCCUGCCAUUCAGCCUACAGUUGCCGAGUUUUGUCGAGGGCAAGGUUGGGACUUGGACAGGAUGAUCGGGAGACAUGCGCGAGUGGAUACUCUACGCAGCCGCCUCAAUGGUGAAAUGGUGGUUAUUGGUGGCUGUGACAAAUACCAAAAGGCUUGGAAUCAGUUCGUAUAGAUCAUUCCUGUGAGCGUGUACUCCAUGGCCACACACCUGAUCAAGGCUACCUGCUUGCGUCUACCCACGGUGUCCGAGGAACAGCUAUGGAAGGGAGCCAUCCCUGGCCAGGCGCUUUAUCAUGAUGCUGACAGUCCCUUACCUGCUGUUCCGCGGCUCAGGCGGGAGAUUCUUUUCAGGCAUCACUGCCCUCACAGUGACGACAAGGUUGAUGGCCCUGCCUCGAUCUGGGAAGUUUGUCAACGCUCGGCCUGGCCAUUGGAUCUCUUCGUGCGACGGUUUGCAAAUGUGAUGGAAGGAGUUUUCAUUGGCCGAAUCGGCACUAUCUUGUCUGUCGUGGGGGAGGCCAAUUUCGAGGUGGGGAUCUACCCUGAUGGGGACAAGGUCGAGGUGAGUGCCCACGAUGUGUGCGAGACCUCUGACCCCUCCUCUUCGUCGUGCCGCUGAUGGGCUCCACCGGCCUGUUCGUCGCCGACUGCGGCUACGUGGAUCCUGACAAGCUCGCCGGCACUUCAUGGCCGUCAUGGGCGCUGGCUCCCUGGACACGCUGGGUAGCCCUUCGGGGCUUUGGGCCUGUCGUGGACCUGCGUGCCACGGCAGGACAGGGGAGGGCGACGGGACAGCCUCCCCUCGGGGGCUGCGCCCUCCCUCUCCCCUCCAGGUGCCGCCUACCUCCUCAAGGUCCUGGACGGGAGGGCGGGGGGCCGCGGGCGGCCGA